CUUCAAGCCACCGUGAUAUGGGACUCCAAUUAUGCCCAGAAGUGAGCAAAAAUCUCAUUGAGGCGUGUCAACAUGUGCUCAAGUGUGCCAUGGUGUGUUUUCACUGGCUGUGUUACCUGAGCCAUCUAGCUGAAAUGUCCUGCGGUCGGAACCUGGGCAGUAUCAACUGCUGGCAGUCAGUAAAG